AUGGCAAAAAAAGCAUACGUGAGGCCCGUCCACACACCGCAACAGACCAAAAAACAUGCACUUGAGGCCCCGUCCACACGCACAGCGCAAGCACCAACGUCGCCCACGCCACAAGCCAACGGCACCAUGCUCGUGGGAAGGGCGCCCCCCCUGGGCGCUGUCACGCGCCCCGUCCACGCCGCGGGCACCGGAAGGCAGAGGCGGCCGCGGCAUCGAUGCGCCUGCAGCGAAGGGACCGCAGAGGCGGAGGCCCCGGACGCCGCGCGCGACUACUACGAGAUCCUCGAGGUCCCUCCGGGCGCCAGCGCGGACGCCAUCAAGGCCAACUACAGGCGCCUGCAAAAGAGGUUCCACCCCGACGUGAUGGGUGACGAGGGUCAUCAGCUAAGUGCCAAGGUCAAUGUUGCCUAUCGGACCCUCAUGGACCCAGGGCUGCGCAGCCAGUACGACCGGGGCCUUAGAGAGGCGCAGGGUGGCAAUUCCAAGGCCUGGAAGGGCCCUGUGGAGACCCCUGGCCUGGUGGGCCCACUGGUGGAUGGGGAAAUGCUGCUCAGAGAUAUAGUGAAGGCGCCUGUGGAGGGUGAGAAUGAGCGCAAGCAGGGCCAUCGACUGGUGGUGUGGCUGAGGGAGUGGGCCAGGACGUUUGUAUUUGCGGCGGACCUGCCGUUGCCAGUCCCUUUGCAGUGUGAUCAUGUCGAUGGUGGCGUAAGGCUGGCAUUCAUCACAACGGGAGAUGGUAGCAUAAAAUCCCUUGGGGAGCUUGUUUUCUAUGUGACGACCAUGAAUGAGGACAAGGACAAGAGCGACAAAGUGGCCUGGGCCGUGGAAGUGCAUCGGGUGUGUGUUGGAGAGCAGCGCCCCUUACCAGGCGAAUCUCGUGUGCUGCGUUCGUUUCAAAAGGCCAUCAGGGACAGGGACAAUGCUUCCAAGAAGGGGGGCGGCCCAUUUGGCGUCGAUUUGUCAGGUGUUGCGGCCGCCAUGGUGGCGUCCACAGUCGGUGUGGGCCUCCUGGGGGCUGUGCCCGGCAGCAACGACCGGGGUGCGGCCUACGAAGCCUACCACCUGAUCCACGACUCUCUGGAAGAGUCUGAUUCGGAAUCCGAUGCUGAAGCCUGA